UUAUAGCGGGACUGCAGUGGGCAUUAUGACACUGGGAGGAACUGACUUGGUGUCACUGACAUCCCCAGUGACACCAAUACAGUGAUCAGUGCUAAACAAAAGCACUGACACUGUACUAAUGGCACUGGGCAGGAAGGGGUUAACAUGAGGGGUGAUCAAAGAGUUAACUGUGUGCUGUUUUAUAUAGUGCUGUGUCCAUGUGCUUCACUGUAAGCACAGUGCUUUGGACGGCUGUGCUACGCACAGCCGUCCAAAGCAGUGUGCACGAGCUGACAGGGAGGAGAACUGUUUUGUUUACAAACAUCGCGGCCGAGAAAUGCAAAAUC